AUGGCCGCUGUCCCGCUCCUCGAGAACAACAACCCGACCGUAUCCCUCGACGGCGACGAUGACGAGACCGAAAAGAUGAGCCCCGUAAUCCUGCGCCAGAAGCGAAAACCACUGCUACGGAGGGAGAACUUCUGCUGGGCGGUGCUCGGAUGCGUCCUGCUCAGCGUUCUACUCGGCAUAGCAGCAGGCAGCGCCAUGCUGGUGCUGCGAGGCUGGAGCAACAACGACGACGACGACGAAGACAGCUGUAUACGCCAGACGACGAUGAUGCCAUCGCCCUUGACGCGCGACUUCGACAUGACCUACCACACGCAGCAAUUCAACGGCUCCUUCAUGGAAGAGACCGUCUACCGCCGAGCGGCGAGUCCCGAGGUCGACGCGGCGUGGGAAGCGCUCGGGGUGAACUAUCGCGCCGUGCGAGUGCCCCAGGAAGUCGGACCGCAGGUUGGGCUGGCGGCGGAUAAGGUGCAGAUCAACGACAAGUACGGCGGCGGAUACCCGGCCAACGUGGAAGGGCUGCAUCAUCUGCAUUGUCUCAACCUCCUGCGCCAGAGCCUGUACUGGAACAUCGACUAUUACCGCGCACAGGGAACAGGCGCGUUCGUGAAUGGAGAGCACGUGGUGCGGAAACACGUCUGUGAGUACCAGCCCGUGCGAAAUGCCUCCCACAUCGGAGCGCUGACGAAGGGACGGCACAGCACACUGCAUGGACAUCAUCCGCCAGCAGCUCAUGUGCACCGUCGACGUGGGAAUGCUAGGGCAAGUCUGGUGGCAACCGCAAGACCAGCAAUUCCCCGAAGCAUUCGUCGACUUCAACACCAAGCACGUCUGUCGCAACUAUGAAGACGUGCGGAAAUGGGCGCACGAGCACCAGUUGCCGGAAGAAGUCCCCGAGGACUAUCUCGCACCCCCGCAACCUGGUCAGAAGAUUCUCGACCAUCUCCCGUGA